AUGACUACACAACCUUUUGAUUCUGCACACUCAAUAGCAGCAUCAAAUGGGCAUGUACUGGAACAAUCAGUUUUUCAACAGCCACCCAACUCUUCAGGUUUCCAAGUUUCGACUGUUUUAAAAAGACACGAAGAUCGUAUUAAACUUGGUCAAUUCGAUUAUUUGAGUGAUUGUAUGGAAUUCAUAGCUAAAAGUUGUCUUAUUCAAAAUCAUCAUAGCUUUGAAAUGAGACGUAUCUUAGGCGGUAUAUCAAAAACUAUGAAUGAUGAUCAAUUACCAUGGUUACUUGAUGGUUAUGCAGAGUUAUUUGAGGCUAACAUCAACCUUAUUCAAUUUGAUGAUGACUCAGAAAUUGAUUAUAAUGAAAUUCUUAAAUUUCUUAAUUAUUCAGAUAAUAAAGUGCAAUCUGUUUAUCCAAAUUUUAUCGUUAUAAUGCGUCAAACAAGAAAAAACUUAUUUGCACCAUUAUAUAUCACUGCUACUAAUGGUUCCCUACAGACGUCUUUUCCGAUAAAUGAUAAAGGUAUCAUUAAAGAUAUUUAUCGUUUUUUUCAAGAAGGAAAUUUCCGAAAAUCUGAAAAUUUAUCAUCAGAAAUGUGCAACCUUAGUAGCAACAAUCAAGGUAUAGAAAAUACUCAAAAUCCUUCUAGUAUGAACAUUGUUGAAAUUCAAAUUCCUUCAGAAUCAACUUGUGAAAAGAAUAUGAUGAUGACAACUAUGGAUGUAAUUGAAAAUUAUCUUCAACUUAUUCCACAACUUAUUAAAAAUUCUGAUAUUUCACUGGAUCAUAUUCCCAUUUCAAUAUGUAAGAUAAUAACACCCACAUCUGCUAUAGAUUCAACAUUGAAUGAUUUUAUUCAAUUGUCUAAUGAUGAUACAAUCAAAAUAGUAGCAGAUAUGUUCGAUUCAAUUUUGAAACUUCUUCGAUGUGCUAAAAAUCCUUCUCAUAUGGAAGAAAUUGAAACAAGUUCAUUGAUAGAUACUCAUAGCAAUCAGAAUUCCUUCGUGUCAAAUAAUACAACAAAUAUUCAAUCUUCAAAAAGAAUUCGUACCGAUCAAUCUCCAUCGAGUGAAACCGAAUCAUUUACUAAUUCAAAACGUCUAGCAACAUCUAAAAAUAAUCAAAAAGAUAACAUACUAAUAUCAAACUAUGAUCCUCCAGAAAUUUUAAGACAACCUGCUCGAUAUCAACAUGUUCGCAUGUUGAGUGAUCUUAAGAAACAUCCAACUCAGAUGAUUAAAGGAGGUAGUCAAGAUGCUCGACAACGAACUCAUGUUAUGGUUAAAGUACCUAAAAACGAUGAUAUCAAAGAACUUUAUCUUCGUGUUAGAUCUGUUACAGUGAACAAGAAUAAACAUCUUUUCAAAACUGUGAUCCCGCAGAAACCAUCGACUAAUAAAUCAUCAACUAGUAGUAGUGACGAUGGAAAUUGUUUACAAUUGAAGAAGAAUUAUGUCGAUGAAAAGGAUGACUGUACAUAUCUUCUGAUUGAUAGUAAAGAACGCAAUACAGGCAAAAAAGAAAUAUUAGCCCAUUUGAUUACUUUGAAACAGCAAGGAACUAAAGAAGAAGAUUUAUUCAAAGAGGAAAAUAUUCAUAAUGUAUGUAAACUUGAAUUUUGUUUCUGUAUGCGGUUGAAUUCAGGUAAAUAUAAACCUGUUUCAAAUGUUGUGUAUUCAACAGUUAUUGAAGAUGGCGAUGGUCCAGUUAAAAUUGAUUCACAUAUAGAUUUAGCACAAAAAUUAUGUGAACGAGGUGGUCAGAUUAUAAAUUUUGGUUUAAGUGUUGAAUGUCUUAAGAAAGGUAGGAUUGAAAAUGAAUCAUUUAACCAUAUUUUUGUUGUUAUUAAUAUGCCACCUAAACAAACACCAGCAGCAACAGCUGCUGCUGCAAAAGCAGCAAAUAAAUGCAAUCCUGAUCAUACAGAAUACCAAGGUCAUCAGCCUGGUUAUCCUGGUAAAGGCACUAAAGCUGAUUUAGUCAAUCAUGCCAAACAAUUGAAUCCGAACAAUUCACUAUUUCAACCUAAGGGACAGAAGUGA